AAUGCAUGGUGCGCUCGCUGCGAUCACGUGAUAUGCGCAGUGGCUGUGCGCAGUGGUUCGGCGGGCCCUGUUCAAGGGGCAUGGCGCUAGCUAGGCCAGUCGUGCGACCGUCGCGGGAGGGGAAGGUUGUGCGCACUAUCGGCGCGGCAGGGAGGGAUGAGCACGAGUACGCCGCAGCCGAACAAAGGAAAGCAGCGCAGAGCCCUGUCGAGGGCUGACUCGUGAGAACGCAGAGAUUCACAGCCGACCCCGUUCACCUCCCGCCGCCACGCUGCAGCCGAGCAACUCCACCCGUAUCGAGCAAGAAGAUCUCGAUAUGGAUCAGGACAUAAACUUCGCGGCACAAUGCCUAAUAGCUAUGUCUAAUUCUAAAUUCAACGGUAACGGAGGCAACUGGAAUGCCUCGUCAGUGCCUCUGGACUUGUCUCCACAUCGUGGAGCUGCCGUCAUUGUGGACAAGGUACCCGGUUCUGGACUGUGGGAACCGGAGGCGGCUGUCGCAACGGCUGGGGCUGCAUCGCCCAGCUCGGCGGGGUCCGCCCCCGAGUUGUAUAUGGUAGCGCGGAUUCUGACGGAUUUAACAAGUAUCAAACAGGAACCUGUGCCCAACGUUCCCAGUGACGAUGACGGGGGUAGCAGCGCAGCCGACGAAUUGAUGAUCGAUGAAGAAGAGGAGGAAGUUGUGUGCGAGGUGGAUAUGAACGAUGCCGCGUCAUCUUCGUCGUCUGCGCGCACAAAGCGUCCGGCCGGUAACGGUGGUAGUGGGCGGCAGGGGGCGGGUCGCAAAGCCCCCAGCAGCGGCGGCGGCAGCAGGCCCAGCAGCCGGGCCGCCAACACCGCAGCUGCCCUCGCCCGGAAGGUCCACAGAUGCGACUUCGACGGUUGCGACAAAGUAUACGGAAAGAGUUCGCAUCUGAAGGCCCAUCUUCGAACACAUACAGGGGAGCGACCAUUCCCGUGCACGUGGUCUGGCUGCGGCAAGAGGUUCGCCCGCUCGGACGAGCUGGCACGCCACACGCGCACCCACACCGGUGAGAAGAACUUCUGCUGCCCCGUCUGUGACAAGAAGUUCAUGCGCAGCGAUCAUCUGAGCAAACAUGCCCGCAGGCAUCCAAAUUUCGACCCGUCAGUCCUGCGACAGCGAAGACCACCUCAUAAGGCGUGCUCCAUAAAUUCCAGUGAGGGUACACCAUCCGAGGUGCUGUCCGAUUCAGUGCCAUCGCCCUAGCACCCUCAAUAUGCUGCCACCGCCGCAAACCAUCUCUGAAGCAUUUUAUUGUUCUGUGGUGGUUGCAGUUUGCAGUGACCGAAAUGUAACUGGAAAUGUAGAUUUAGUGUCCUUACAGAACCUUAAUAACUAUUAUUUUUAGAACUGUUACCCUCAUUAUUUUUAUCGUCUCUUCCACUAUCGCAAUGUAGUGGACUCUACUAAGUCUUUCUAUAAAAAGCAAUUAAGAGAACGCCAUGAAAGGAUGCUGUUGAUAGCUGGCUGGCUGUUACAAUCUGACAGUUAUGUGCUCUUCCCAUUUAAUUCUUUUGUAACCUUACGGCACAUACUUGUGAUAUGUCACUUGUUAUUAAAAGAAUUGUUAAUGUAUGGAGGUAAUGCAUGAAAUGUCCUGUCAGCUGUCAGUAUAUCACAGUUACUCUUUCAAACAUUUUGACUGGGAGCUUGUUUGCACGAUUCGGUCACUGUGUAUAUUAUUGUGUAUAAACUUGAAAACUUAGGCCUUAUUACCUUUUUAUACUAAUGUAAUUAAACAUGUGAUUUUUCUGAUGAUGGUGUAUGAGGACUCAAAGCAAUUUGGUUGGUGUGUACGAAAUUGUAAUGUGGUUUAAUAGGCCUGGAUGUGAAGUUCAGCAGUCUUGUACAUGUAGCCACGAUUAAAUUGGAGGCAAUGUUUGGAUGCGUGGUAUAUAUAUAUAUAUAUAUAUAUGCAAACGGAUUAUUUGUGUGUUAGGAUGAAAAUAUCAGCAAUGGCAUGGACAGUUGUGUAUAAAAAGGAUGUGCGUAAAUUUUUAUCCAGUAAUAUAUCAGUUUGAAAUGCCUGAUGUAAUAUGUUUAUGAUGUUAUUUUAGUGGUUUAACAUAAUCCUAAACCCCAAAAGUCAAAUUUGGAAACAUUUACUCAUGUUAUUCACAGAACAAUAUUCUGAUUACAGCUUAGUGCAGUACUAUAUAACAAAAGUAUUUUGUUUUUCAAAUGCUUAAUUAGUUCUGCUGAUUACUGACCAUAAUGACAAGAAAUCCCCAUAUGUUCCACAAUUAAAAGCCAGUCUACCUCACACAUAUAGCUUUACCCGCUGCAUCAUUUUUAUGACUGAUGACAUUUGCAUCCCUUAGAUCUGCUAUUUUUAGUCUUGUUACAUCUAACAAGACUAAGCUUUGGGAAACCAAAGCUACAUUCAGUUAAGUGCGGAGUUGCAGAUAUCAUAGAAGUUACUUGUAAAUAAUAUAACUUGAUGAAUAAUACAUUGCCUUACUCUGGACUGACCUUAUUAUCACAUGGCAAAAUUAAUUUUUGUGAUAGCUGUGUUCCUCUGUGCAUUGUAUAACACUUGUGUUCCCAUUUUGUGUAUGUGUGUGUGUAUGUAUAUUUAUUUAGGUAAUUAAUACUUUUUCCUUUUCACAAAGAUCAAAUUUGAUUUUUGGGUUGAUACAGCAUUCCUGUUUUACACAUUAAAAACAGUUUUUGUAUACUGCAAGAUCUGUAUAUAUUAAUUCUUAUUUAAAAUGUGUUGUGUAGUAAAACUAAUUUAUUUAGAUUUGUAGUUCUUCCUAUCACUGUUACGGAAGAACUCAGAAACAUGUAAUCUUAAAAACAGUCAAAAAAUUUUGAUACUUAAUAAUCUUGGAACAUUUUUAAUUAACAGCAUUUUCGGUUGGGCAAUAUUAUAGGGCAAAUUCUUAAAUAGCAUAUGGUCUAUUUUGCCACAAAUAUUAGAGUUUUAAAAAAAGUAAAAAAGAUUAUUUGUGCUUCCUAUGUAUACAGCGGCAAAGGAAAUGUUGUGAGACAUAAUCCACAUUAAUUUUUUGUCACAUUACAACAAUAGCGACCUUAUAGAUCUCAAUUCUACAGUCAGUUUAGUGUAGUACGUAGACUAUACAUUUUAAUAUAUUAACUUUAUUUGCUUUUUUAAAAGAAGGAAAAUCUAGAGUAGUUUCUUGUGCAAGCUGAACUGGAGGGAUGAGUGAUUACAUAGGGUUCCAUGAAUGCAAGUGUGUCUGGAGGUAUGGGAAGUGGCAAUGUGAAAAAUUUCCUUUUCACAGUGGAGGGAGCAUUUAUUGUACAUAAUAAUGCUCAACUGUUCCUAGAUAUCUGUUCUCCUGAUAAAUUACAAGAAUGAAUGGAUGAGUAAUUCAAUACUUGUAUGGGCAGGUACAAGGCCUCCGAAUUAAUGCUUCCUGGCUACUUCCAGGAUUCUGUUUACUUGGCCAUGCAUGACUGCCAUACUGUAUGAAAUGUGGUGACUGAGAGAGAUACUGUACAUAUUGCUACAGAAAAAUUGAACAUUAUUCAUAUCUUUCUAUCAUAUCCAAUCUUUUCUUAUAUAAUAGCACAACAGAUCUUUCUGAGUGAACUUCUGGCCUUCUAAGUGAAGAGGUAUUCUCAAGAUGACAAUUUUGAUGAGAAUUGUUAUACAGCCAUAAUUUCUGGUACCUUUAACAAUUUUUGUGUGUGCGUGUGUGUAGAUGUAAAUAAAUUCAAAUAAUGUUAACAUUUCUGUUUGUUUGCUGAAACAUUUCUGUUUGUUUACUGAUCAUUGUAAAAUAUUAAAUUUCACUGAUAUUUGAAAGCAACACUGCUUUAUCCUCUUAGGUAUGCAUGUUAUCUCAAGUUUACAAUUAAAUUCCAUGUUUUCAUUUGUAUUGUUUACUUGCUGCCACAAAACCAUAAAUACAUUGGUCACUUUGUGAUGGGCAUGUUCUGGUAUGUAUGGACCAAAUCUGGCUGUAAUUUUCUUAAGGGACCAGAAAAUUGUAAAUGUUAAAUUUAACAGAAUUAUGUGUGUUAGAGCAUUUCAAUACGGGGAAAAAAUUGUCAUUUUGAGCAGUACACUCAUAUUACCAAUGUGUAUAAAGCAUAUAUCUUUCUAGAAACAUUUUUAGUAUGAAGAAAUCAUAACAUAGAUUUUGUAGGAGAUUAUAUUUAAUUAACUAUUUUAAUAGGGAUUUUAAUUAAAUGUAAAUAGUACAUAGCUAGCAAUACAGAUGAACACCAGCCUCAGUGUUUUCCAUGUAAAAAUGCUGUAAUGUAAUUAAACUUAGUUUGAAAGAUGUUUUAUAAAACACUGGAAGAUUGUUGUAUUAUUAAUAUUGCAAGAUCAGCUAAGGAAAUAAAAACAGUUCCUGUAAAGACGAGAAAAUUUUUAAAAUAUUGGUGCAUAAAGCAGGAAGUUUCCUUAAGAGAAAAGUGGUCUUAUUUGAGCACACACCAAAUGUCUAAAGUGUACAUUCUAAUCAAAUUGAUUGCAUUAUGCUGUCAAGUUUGCUACAUGACACAUUAUUCACAUUUUUCAUGUGUAUGUUGUACACACAGAGGUGAUGCAUCUCCAUUACAAAUAAUCACAUCUUUAGAUUAUUUUAUCUGGCAGAACUGUUAUGAAUUUAUAAUCUUGUGUUCUUACUUACUGUGCAGUUAUUCUGUUGUUAGGUGCAAUCUAACAAACAGUUACCUGUGCUCUGUUGGAAUUAAUAUUGAUUUUCUUAUUAAAUAGCAAAUUAGUUACAAUCUGAAGCACUACUUGUUAACUAGUACAUGUAUCAAAUUUUUUUAUAAUACCUUUUUAAUGGCAGCUGUACUCUCUGCAGAAUUUGUCUGCUAUUCACUGGGGAAAAAUCUGAAAAGAAACAUAUGUUUAUAAAGAUGGUAGAAGUGCUAUAUUAUCUGAAAAUUAUUUCUAGUAGAAUGUGCCAAACAUUUCUGUAGUGUGCUUCAGAUGCCUAUAUGGAGAAUGAAUCUCCGCAAAAUAUUUAUAGAAAUAGAAAAAAAUAAAAAUAAAAAUGAUGGCUGUACUAUCAUCUUCAAACAUAGACACUUCACUAAAUCUUAUGCUGUGAAAAUGCUUGUUUUGACAGAAUUGACUACAAUACUUCUAAAAUAUAAAAAAAAUACCAUUUACAGAUCAACUAUUUUCUACUCACAAUUUACAUUCUAUCAGCUUUAGAUUACUUAGUGUAACUAAGUAUAGAACACUUUAACACUGAUUAGCAGGAAAAAAAUCACUUUUAAUCUAAGGUGCAUGAUGUGAAUUGGUGUGUUUAUCUACUGCAUGGUACGCACACACAAAUAUACUCUUAAUAGUGAUGGGCUGUGAAAUAUUUAAAAUGUUACUAUCACAAAUGUCAUCAGGUCCUUGGAUUUUGAAAACCACUUAAUUUUCUUACUUACUUUUUAUGCAGACAGUAAGAGAAGCAAUUUUUUUUUUAAUGUUAUUCAGUUGGGAAUCAUGACUUCACGAUAAGCAAUCAAUGGAGAAGACAGAUUGUGUAAUACUGAUUGCUGCUUCAAAGGACUGAAGGAAUGCUUUCUGAAUUAGCAAUGGCCACCCACUUGCCAUAUUAGUUCUUACUUUUAUCUGUAAACUUUGUUGCGUAAUUAAUAUUUCCAACAUACAUGCUGAAAUGCUGCCAAUAUAUUGAGAUUCCAUUUUUCUGCCUCUAGCUCUCUGUUAAGAAUUUAGAACUAGUGUUAGUGUAUACAAGCUCAUUUCCGAAGAACUAGCGCUCUGUGCACUGUCACCAUACAUAGACAAUCGAAGUAUAUUGCUGAUUAUGAACUAGAAGUAUUUAAGAGUGUUUAUGUUGCUGUGUUGAUAUUCCAAUAAGACCAUGCUCCAGAUAUUUCACACCAACAGGAAGUACAGUAUAUUUUUAUCAUGGACUGUACUUAAAGAGAGCCUUAACUUUAUCUAUAUGAACUAUUAGACAUUAAAUAUUGCAGAGCUUGUUUAAUUAUUCGGAGUUCUCAGGGUAUAGCUCAAGUAUAUUCCAAAAAAGUAGUUGUACUAUUAGUUUUGUGAAUCUUACACUUCUUCCUUCAUUAUUUAUUAAAAUGUUUCCCUCCUGCAAAAAAAAAAAAAAA